GCCGAUCACGUGACGAGCAAAAACGAAAGUAGGUUGUAUGUACCCGAUAUGAUUAAAAGUCAUGUGUACUAUAUAUUGAGACAAUAUGGACGCAACAUGUCUUACCAAAACCGUUUCAUUUAAAGAUUUGAUAGACAAGAAAGAUGUAUCAGUCACUGGAUGUGGAACCUAUUUAAUAGGACUUUCAACAAAGGGAGAUGUUGCUAUAGAAACAACGGAUGAUGACUUGUGUAUGAUACUGUUAACCUUGACAUUGCAAGAGAAUGGAGGCUGCACUUUAUCUCCUGCCAAUACAGAUCUAGUCUGCUACAUGAACUCAUCCGAAGAGCCCCUUUCCGCAGAAACACAUUUGAUAGAUGGUGCAAAACUUGAGGUUGCAGAUAAGAAACUAAUGUUUAUUGAUGGACCUAUCCCUAAACGACGGAGAAAGCUGCCACCGACACCUGGCCUUGCAUUUGGCGACCCGCCAACAAAACCAACGAGGAACUCGAGCACCAGUUCGACAGGGAAAACAGAGACAAAAGGAUCAUCAGAAAGUAGGUCUGCUGCCGAUGCGACAGUUCCAAAAACGCAUGAUGAUAAAGUCGAAGCGGAAGAGGAAAGUGCCGACAAGAGAUGGCUAGAAACGAGCUGGUGCAUGCUCGAUCUGGCUGACUCGGAACAGAAUUUGUUUCGCAACCUACAGACACCUGAACAGAUCAGUAUACUGUCAGCGAGCUACUUUGCCAAACAACUUCGGAUGUUUACUGAUGCAACUAUCACCCCCAAGCUAUUAGAUGAUGUAUUUAAAUUGUUCAUGGAUACUAUAGAAUACUGCAGGGAUAUAUACAUGAAUUAUCUCUCUGAUAUAUCGCAAGCUCUAGCCAAAGUCCCUGACAGAUCAAAUACACGUCCAAUGCACGGACCUGCCGUUAGGUUCCUCACCGAACUCCUCAAACAAUGCAUUGAUCCAGUUGAGAGAGUCAUUCUUAUCUUGGACCUACUACGCACUUUCAGUCAUUUUGACAACAACCUUGUUACCAUGGUACGUUACCAGACAACUGCGGCAGUUCUAGGGAGUAUAUCAGCGUAUUUGGAUGUGGUUGAGGUACAACAGUGUGGUGUAGAUAUCUUGGCAAAGAUUGCUACAUAUAAACCAACUCUAGAUAAAAAGGCACCACUGAGAGAGGCUGGUCUCGAUUUAGCUAUACGGUCUGUCAAAUACCACAACACGAAUCUGUCGCUGUCAAGGUCUGUUUGUCGCAUGCUGGCUAACCUUGCCUCUACCCUGAUAAAUGUUUUAAACAGCUGGCUGGAUACAGAAAGCCCCGCUGACAGCAAUGUUGCAAACAUCAUAGAGCAGUGUGAAAACCUUUUGGAGUAUGUCUUCAAAGAAGGAAUUCCAGUUAUCCAGUUGAUCAUGAAAAAUUUUGGAAGAGAUCUUGGUGUUAACACAGAGGGAAGGAAAUUCAUAUUUUAUUAUGCGAAACUACCACAGCUACAACUGAAGAAGUCAAAAUGGUCCAAAAUGCUUGACGAGAAGACUGAAGAAGGUGAUCAAGAAACAGAAUCUAUACAUGAACAGAUUGGGGAUACUUAUGACAAUGUUAGUGUGUCACAGACGAUAUCACAGAAUCAACUUCUCUCGGGAGAGGUGAAGACAGAAGAGCCUCAAAGCAUACUGAAGAGGGUUGGUUCAUAUGAAAAUCUUAAGUCUAGUGAAAAACGCUUAGUGUUUGCUGACGAUACAGUCGGUGGUUCUGACACAGAAACAACAUAUUCCUCGGUUAGCGAAGAUGAUUUUGAACAAUCAGUAACUGCAAGUGUAGCUGUGCCUUCAGAAAUUGAUGGAGAUUUUUCAUCUAAUGUUGUUCAACAUUUGGUAAGGAAAACAAUAAAGAGACGGAAACGAAGUGUUACAGAUAGUUCAGAAGCAGGUGUUUCUGACAGUGAAAGCGAAAGUGAGUUUCUACAAAGUCUGUCAGUGACACAAAAACGUGAUGAAACUGACAGCCCUGUUCAAAAUGUUAGUGCUGGUGCUAGUGGUGUAGAGAGACAGAAUGGAAAAACAAAGAACAAUAAUUCUUGCGCAGAUGACAGCAUGAUGAGGCAGAUUAGCAAAACAGAUGUAAACGAAACUCAUUUAACCGAUAAUGGGUAUGAAGUUGUAAGAUACGAAGAUGAAAAGGAAAAUGUUAGUACGGACAUGAGUGAAAACAGAGUAAACGAAAUUGUAAAUGACAAAAGUGAUUUUCCAGUAAAGCACAAAAAUUCUCAAGAUGCUGGUAAUGGCAAUAGUAAGAUAACAAAUAACGAAGCACCUAGUCAGUCUGAAAGAGAAAGUCAUUUCAAGGAUGAUAUGGGAAAGUCUGCGGUUAUAGAUGUAACAUUUCUUGGAAAACUUGUUCGGACACAGAUAGUUGUAUAUGUUGGUUCGUUAGUAUUUCGAGGUGAGGAUUCAAUGGUUCUUAUGGUAAUUGAUAAACCUAUCCCCAACCUGCUUGAAGAUGCAUCGGCGCCACAAGGACUCGUAGAAUUCGCGACCAGCCAGUAUGGUACCAACAUGACUCUAAUGGAUCUUGAACCUGCAAUAGUCAUUAGCGUAAUUGACGCAGUUAGAUAUAGGUCUGUGACGAAAGAUCUCGUGCAAUCUGCAGUUCUGAGUUUAACCCGGACUAUGAAUGAAAAGCUUCAGACAGCUACCCUGAACACAGCCAUGUUAUUCUUUAAGGCUAUGUUUUCUGACGAACACCUUCGACCUAUUCUUACAGAUGAAGAAUUUUUGAAAGAGUUCAGACCAUGUUUCCAUAAUGCUACAGAAAGAAUGGAGAAAUCUCACAAUGUGGAAGACUUACGUAAAAAUCUUACUGCUCAGUGUGUUUAAGUUUGUGUAAAAGAGAGAACCCCAUUAUGUAUUAUAAAAAUCAACCUUGGUCAGUGUUGUCUAAGCGCUUGAAAGAUAUAUUAUGUGAGUGACCACAGAGACAACAAAUGUAGUAUCAAUGAUUUUACUGUGUCUUUCUGUAGGAGUCUGCUUCUCGCAUGUUGUGAAGUCACACAUGUCUUCAUUUAUACUGAAAGUAAUAUACUGCUCUUGAUUUAACACAAUUGGUCUAAACAUUAUAGGCAUAUUUCACUGUCAUUCCAUAGGUGUUCGAGAUAUAAUUAAGCUGUUUUUCUUUACUCUAGAUUUUCCAAAUUUAAUUGAUUGCAUUGUCCUUAUGAUACUUAUACUUUGUUUCGAAAGUGUUAUAACGCACAUGCGAAAAUAGGUGAUACAUGAUGCUUCGACUUUUGAAGACUAAACAUUUAUAUAGAAAUACUGAAAAAGAGAUAAAUCCUGUAGAGUAUUAAACUGUUCGUUAGAAUAGAUACGAACUAUUCGUCGUAAAUGUGUUUUAAGUGCAAAAAAAAUGUUUAAGGAAUGGCAAAAAAGACGUUCCGAAAAAUGACAUACAGCGACCACAAGUGCGGUUAUUAUGUCUACAAAUUGUAUGAUCUCGAAAAGCAAUACCAUAAAGACAGAUAUCAGCCAAGUCAAGAGUUUCUCUUCGAACUUUUAACUUUCUAAAAUAUUGGAGUGAAAUUAAGAAAAAAACAAGGUUCAAAAGUUUACACUAUACAAAUCAACAAGUAAAGGAUAUGCUCCAGGAGGAUGUGUAAUAAAUUGCACGAAUUGAUUUUGGACAAACGUUAUUACUGUCUAAUGAGGUUAUUUUCUACUGAGAUGAAACAUGUAGGCGUGAACCAUUUUUCUACAUGAAAACAGACUGACAAUGAACGUUGGGAACUGGAGAUUGUUAAUCAUAAGUCUGUUGCGACAGAAUUCAUGGCUGCGUCACGUAUAGAGGGAUUUGAAUUAAAAAAAAAUUAUCUCUGAAUUUUGAAAAAGAAAGGUAUAAAAAUUCUGAACAUUGUUUUAGAGCAACAUGGGCCUAGCCUAUUUCCAGAAUAAUGGCUGGAUAAUUUGUGUUCCAUUAAGAUUUCACAUCAAACCGUACGAAAAAGAAGAUACCAAAUUGUUUAAAAACUGGGGAAAUCAUUUUCGUAACUCAAGAAACCUAAAUCUGGGACGAUGCCGUAAUGGACACUGACACAUGGAAACUCCAUAACAGUUGACUGCAGAAACCCACUGUAAAUAUCUAAAAUGACACAAAAAGUAAUCUAAAGUUCAUUUUAAAAAAUGGAACAAUCAAAUAUAAAAUGCAACUUUACAGUCUCAGAAUGGCUAUUUGUGGUCGAAUCAUUUUUUUAUAGAUCAAGUAUUUGUUACGAGGAACUGUAGAUCAAUGUACCUAUAUUAAUGUUCAGUGCUAGCUUUGGCUGAAUUAAAAUUAUAGCCAUCAGAUUUUCAGGAACAAAAAUAAUAGCCAAAGCCUGCGCGCGAAAGCGCGCGGAACAAAAAAUAAUUUAGAUUUUCAACACUAUUUUAAUUAUUGUUCUAAAAACUAUUAUUAGUUUAAUACUGACAUCAGACUCAGUGAUCAUGUCAUCAUAUCAUGCACAAACAAAGGUAUCUUUAGUAAAUAAUCAAGGGGAAAUCAAUUCGAGAAUCAUAUUUAAUAUUUUCUACUUUAUUUUUCAUUGAAGUCGAGUUUAAAAGAAAAUAUCGAUUGUGAUCUUUUUUCUUGUAUUAAUUAAGGUUUUGCAAAAACGCAUUAUGUUUGUAUAUAUUGUUCAAUUGUAGCAUCUCUUGUAUUAAAUACAUUAUCUUAG